AUGCAUGCUUUUAUCUCGUUGGCAUUAGUUGGUCUACAUUCAGUCCACCCAGUCUGGGCAUCACUCAACGACAGGGCUACAUCUGACGUCCCACCAUAUGUCAUAGAAUACGCACCCCUGGUUUGGCUUCAUAGCCAGGAAACAUACAUGCCGAGCGAUAUCCAGCAGCAGGUCAAUCAUACCAAACCCAAUGUUAACUGGACGACUAUCGAGGGAGUGGAGUCUCCCCUGACGCUCAACAACCUUGACACGCUGAAUUCUAUGGGAAAUACAAGCGUCUACCUAACCUCUCCAGAGGGCAUUGAAGCCAAUCCAGAACCAGCCUGGUUCCGAGGCAUCAGACCAGACUCACAGGGACGAAUAGGUGAUGGUACAGGGAGCGUCAUAAUUAUCGCAGAUCGCGGAAAUGGAACCGUUGAUGCGUUCUACUUUUAUUUCUAUGCAUUCAACAAAGGCAACAGAGUACUAGGUCUGGAAUUCGGCGACCACAUCGGAGACUGGGAACAUAACAUGAUCCGCUUUGUUAACGGCACACCUGACGCUAUAUGGUACAGCCAACAUGCCAGCGGGCAGGCGUUUACCUACGCUGCUGUUGAAAAGAAGGACAAGCGGCCAUAUGUGUACUCUGGGAGAGGCACGCAUGCAAACUAUGCAAUUGCAGGAAAACACGACCACACCAUCCCGGGCUUCAACCUCCCUGCAGGGUUUCUGAUGGACUAUACAGACCGUGGGGUGCUGUGGGAUCCCGUGCUCAACGUCUACAUUUACACCUACGACAAAACAACAGCUGGGUUCCAGGCCGUGAACUCCGAAGAUCCAGUGGCGUGGUUGGAUUUUAAUGGGAGAUGGGGUGACGAUCAACCGCCCAAUGAGCCCUCAAUAUUUGGUGAGGCUAAGAACGUUGCUGGUCCCAAUGGUCCCAAGUUCAAGGGAUUGGAUAGGCAGUUGGUGUGUCCUUCCAAGCCGUGCUUUGUGCUUCCGUUCAGGAUUUUCUCUGAGGAUGCGACUUCGUGA